GUAGAGUCCUGGCACAAUCACUUCAUAUUCACACCAUUCAGUCCUCAAGCUAGUGAAGAGUUUGAAGGCCGAAUCAGAAAAUUAAAUUGCCGCAAAUAACAAAACUUCUUGUCCAUCUCAUCAUACAUACAUUGCGGUCGACGAUGAAGAAACGGCGCCUGAUUUCAGAUUCCAUCGAAAUCCCACAUGAUAUAAUCAUUGAAGUGCUGAAAAGGCUUCCAGUCAAGUCCCUCCUUCGGUUCAAGUGCGUUUGCAAGAUAUGGAACUCCACAAUUUCUGAUCCCCAAUUCACCGAAACACACAGAAAAUGUUCUCGAUUCCGGGUCGGAGGUAACUAUUUAGUCGCUUUUUGGCACUACGGAGAUAGAAUUAUCGUGAGUUUUAAGAAUCAUGAUGGAAGGCGGAGCUGUACAAUUCCGCCUCCAAUACAUCUCAAACUGAAAACUCCCAUAAAUUCGAUUAGAGACAGGAUUUCAAUUUCUCCACCUAUGAACGGUUUGGUGUGUUUAUACUCUCACAAAGGUCGAGGUCAUGCCUUAGUUUUAAACAUUACUACACGACAGAUUUUGUACCUUCCCAAGUUUGCAACUAAGUUUGUAGGUCGGUUAGAGAUAGGUUUUGAUGAGUUGACGGGAGAAUACAAAGUUUUGAAUCUUUAUAUGGAACUUGGGACACUAAAAUGUGCAAUUUAUACAAUUGGGUCGGACUCAUUGUGGAGAAAAACAAUGGAUCCUCCUCAGACAAUUCACCUAGUACCCGGCGCUUCUCGCGCGUGUGUCAAUGGUAACAUGUAUUGGCUUGUUCUUGAUGAUUGGGGUGUGAUAACUUACCUCGUCGCUUUUAAUGUUGGGAGAGAAGUUUUCCGAACCUUAAAGUUCACUGAAAGUUUAACUUGUCGUACGAGGUUGCUUGUUUUAGAAGGCUGUUUAGCAUGUAUUCCGAUUCAUGUAUAUGCUGAAAGAGUUGAGCAUCCAACCGAAAUUUGGUUGCUCGGGGAAUGUCAAGAAGACGCGCAAGUUUUGGCCAAAGAGAAGAUUCGUUUCCCGAAAAAGCUCUCGCUCAAAUUAGCUCUUUGUGAAGACUCAGGCGUUUUACCAACGACGGAACUUUUAUUGUUAGAUUCUAAUCACUCAAAAAAGUUAUAUGUUGACUUAAAAGAGAAGAGCAUCAAAGAGAAAAGAUAUCAAUGGUCUCAUCCAAGGAAAGAUGAACAAGAUAAAUUUUUAAGUUCCUUAAGCUAUGAAAUUCGUUACAUCCAUGUCGAAAACAUGUAUAGAUUUAAGUAUCAGGAUGAUGUUCGCUAUAGCCGCUUCCUGUACCUGCUGAGGAAUGUACAUGAUCUUGAGGAAUAGUG